AUGUCUACCCCUCAGUUCUGGUCGACUCCCUUCCGCUACAUUCGCUGGGCUGCGCACGAGAAGCCAGCUAUCCUUGCGGCUCUCGCAAUCGGCUUCAUGGGUCCCGUUUCGCUGGCCUCUAUUCCCCCAUCCGCCGCGCCCUCGGUGACGUCGACCCCGAGCCCAUUCCUCUCACAUAUCCCAUUCCGCAGGGUCCGCGGGUUGUUCCUAAGGGCUACGAUGACGAAUAAACGGGUUCCGAUCCACGAAAAUGUCAAGUUAUCGGAAGUUAGAGAGAAUUUCGUGUAUUGUCCGAGCCUGGGCGGAAUAAAUUCAGCGGAUGGCAGGAGAUGA